UAGAGGUAUAACGUGUAAAAUGACGUCAUUUAUCUUGAGUAGAGGUAUAACGUGUAAAAUGAUGUCAUUUAUCUUGAGUAGAGGUAUAACGUGUAAAAUGACGUCAUUUAUCUUGAGUAGAGGUAUAACGUGUAAAAUGACGUCAUUUAUCUUGAGUAGAGGUAUAACGUGUAAAAUGACGUCAUUUAUCUUGAGUAGAGGUAUAACGUGUAAAAUAACGUCAUUUAUCUUGAGUAGAGGUAUAACGUUUAAAAUGACGUCAUUUAUCUUGAGUAGAGGUAUAACGUGUAAAAUAACGUCAUUUAUCUUGAGUAGAGGUAUAACGUGUAAAAUGACGUCAUUUAUCUUGAGUAGAGGUAUAACGUGUAAAAUGAUGUCAUUUAUCUUGAGUAGAGGUAUAACGUGUAAAAUGACGUCAUUUAUCUUGAGUAGAGGUAUAACGUUUAAAAUGACGUCAUUUAUCUUGAGUAGAGGUAUAACGUGUAAAAUGAUGUCAUUUAUCUUGAGUAGAGGUAUAACGUGUAAAAUGACGUCAUUUAUCUUGAGUAGAGGUAUAACGUGUAAAAUGAUGUCAUUUAUCUUGAGUAGAGGUAUAACGUGUAAAAUGAUGUCAUUUAUCUUGAGUAGAGGUAUAACGUGUAAAAUGACGUCAUUUAUCUUGAGUAGAGGUAUAACGUUUAAAAUGACGUCAUUUAUCUUGAGUAGAGGUAUAACGUGUAAAAUGAUGUCAUUUAUCUUGAGUAGAGGUAUAACGUGUAAAAUGACGUCAUUUAUCUUGAGUAGAGGUAUAACGUGUAAAAUGAUGUCAUUUAUCUUGAGUAGAGGUAUAACGUGUAAAAUGACGUCAUUUAUCUUGAGUAGAGGUAUAACGUGUAAAAUGACGUCAUUUAUCUUGAGUAGAGGUAUAACGUGUAAAAUGAUGUCAUUUAUCUUGAGUAGAGGUAUAACGUGUAAAAUGACGUCAUUUAUCUUGAGUAGAGGUAUAACGUUUAAAAUGACGUCAUUUAUCUUGAGUAGAGGUAUAACGUGUAAAAUAACGUCAUUUAUCUUGAGUAGAGGUAUAACGUGUAAAAUGACGUCAUUUAUCUUGAGUAGAGGUAUAACGUGUAAAAUGACGUCAUUUAUCUUGAGUAGAGGUAUAACGUGUAAAAUGAUGUCAUUUAUCUUGAGUAGAGGUAUAACGUGUAAAAUGACGUCAUUUAUCUUGAGUAGAGGUAUAACGUUGUGUACUGUUCCUUGUUCUUUUUUUCUGUAUCAGUGUAACUCUUAACAUUGUUUGUGUUUCGGUUCAAACAUACUGCUGUUUUCUGUGUCUAAGUUUAAUUCCAACAUUCCUGGUUUUGUGAUUAGGAUUAAAGGGAUAUUUCAGUUUGUAGCUUGUUAAACCUAAUUUCUCACUUACUUUGUGUUGGAGCAUCAUCGAGACAGUUGUUUUGUCUAGUUGCGUGCACAAGCCAUAUAAAAAAAAAUCUGUAAACAUCACUAGUUGAAAAUGGACUUUUAUUUUAUUUUGGCGUGUCACGUGACUGCAGUAUAUGUCUUGUGCACACAACUGGACAACCAAAACAACUGUCUGGAAGCUUCAACAAAAGUACAUGGAAAAAUUAUGUCUAACAUGUUAAAACCCCAAAUAUCCCAUUAACUCUAACAUUGUUGGUUCUGAGUGUCUAGAUUUAACUCUAACAUUGUUGGUGUUGUGUGUCUAGGUUUAACUCUAACAUUGUUGGUGUUGUGUGUCUAGAUUUAACUCUAACAUUGUUGGUGUUGUGUGUCUAGGUUUAACUCUAACAUUGUUGGUGUUGUGUGUCUAGAUUUAACUCUAACAUUUUUUGUGU